UCAGGCCCACUCCCACAAUGCCCAGCAACACGCAUGCGCGUUGUGUACACGAAAAUUUGGACAGCGAUCUCAGAGCAAAGAUGGCGGGCACCUCCGACCCUCUGGAAGAUAUGCUCUUCUCCGAGGUGGACGAAAAAGCUGUAAGUGACUUAGUUGGCUCGCUGGAGUCGCAGCUUGUCGGCCAAAGCAAUCCAGCAGCCCCCCAAGCCGAAACCAGGAGUGCUGUGUCUACAGGCGCUGCCAAUCACCACUUAGGAAGAAUGCUACCUGCCCAAGUGGGCACUAUACUGGAACAGCAACAACAACAAGGACAACAUAAAGCUGCGCUAAAUCAGGAGCCCAACUCUAAAGAAAUCAGCUCCGAAAAAACUGUGAUGCCGUCUUCGCUCAGUUCCAUUGCACCUUUCGAGGAAGCUCCCAUCACUUCUGGGACCGGAGUAAAUGCGAGUAGCGGCUUGCAAUCACAUGGAGCAUCUAGUAACACAGCACUCUCUGCAUCUGGACUGGUAACUUUGCCAUCUCCGCUGGUCAGCGUAAACGCCGCUAAUAGGGGUUCUGUUCUGGGGUCGGGUGGGUCAGCGGCGGUCACGACGGAGACUGAUUCUGCAAAAAACCACAUCGCGUCCACCAUACGGACUGCCCCCGCGGGAAUACAGAGUUUAAACGGGAGCGACGGAGCGGCGGCGUUAGUUAGCUCUCCCACGAAUACCGCUAGUCCUGCUGCUGUUGCGGGUUUCCAGCCCGGAUCUGUAACCGUGUCUUUGGUUAAUAACGUAAACACUGUCGUUAGCAGCAGCGGUAGCGCCGUUAACUCGAGCCAGACUCUGUCGCCUUGCGUCAAUUCGACCACUUUUAGUGUGUCUCAGCCUGAUUUCCCAGCAUCACAGACCGCGGUUACUCCGGAUGGCACUGGAGGCACCCCUACUAUAGCCCUGCAAAGACUCCCGAGUCACAUCAUGGCCAAUAUUUCACAGAAUGGAAAUGGCACUACAGCCCCGGCGCUUGGGCAGCAGGGUGCACGCACGGGUCCCCCUGCAACUACGGGAAUUCCGCUAGUAAACCACAUUAAGAGCACGGAUCCGAGUAAUCCCAUGUCCGACUCCCCCGUACAGGCAAAAAUAACUGCAUCAAACCAGCCUGGCGUCGUCAAUUCAGCACCCAGCCCCAUCACCUCUACUGUAACAGUUCCUAACCCUACAACCACGCAGCUUCAAAGUUCCGCUGUUAGUUCGGUGCCCGCAUCCAGCAGCCCUGUAACUCUCACCGCCUUGGCGAAACCCACUGUCAACAUAGUAGGACAACCGGCGUCGACCACCGUGGGAAUGAUCAGAUCCGGCAACCCCACGUCGCCGGCAAUCAUAGCGUCGCCGGCGCAGCCACAGCAGCUCCGAGCAGGACUGGGUGCGACGCAGAGGAUCGUGUCACCGCAGCUGAUCGUCAGGUCUCCUCAGCCGCAGACCACCAUCCAGCUGCCUCCCGGUUUCACCAUCCCGCAGGGCAUGGUGCUGGUGCGUACUGAGAUGGGGCAGCUGGUGAUGGUUCCACAGCAGGCUCUGGCUCAGGCCCAGGCCCAGGCCCAGGCUCAGGCCCAGGCUCAAGCCCAGGCCCAGGCCCAGGGUCAGGCCCACAGCAACAUCUCCCCUCGACCUGCCACACCCACCACCGGGACCACCUUCAGAGUGACCACCACCCAGCAGGCCACUGUGACCUCGCAGGCCAUCCGGCCCGCUCCUCCCGCUCAGGCCAAGGUGCUGCCGUCUCCCACUGCAGCCGGCAGCCCCGCCCUCCAGGUGGCCUCGUCGGCAGCGGCUCCGAAGGCGGCCGUGAUCGGGGGCCCGGUGCCGGCUCCCCAGCAGCACCAGACGGUGAUUGCGGCGGGACAGAGCGCCCCUCAGACUGCUGUGCCCGCCCCCUCUGGCCCGGGGGCCUCCGUUAUCUCCCAGGAGAUGCAGGAGAAUGUGAAGAAGUGCAAGAAUUUCCUGGCCACCCUGAUCAAACUGGCGUCCCACAACUCACCCUCGCCGGAGACGUCCCGCAACGUGAAGGCUCUUGUCCAGGACCUCCUGGAUGCCAAAAUUGAGCCGGAGGAGUUUACGAAUCGGCUGCAGUCGGAGCUGAAGUCGUCGCCGCAGCCGUACCUGGUUCCCUUCCUCAAGAAAAGCCUCCCAGCCCUGAGGCUGUCGCUGCUGAACAGCCAGCAGUCCCUGACGCAGCCCCCCCAGGCCGUCCCGCCCGGGGCUGUCCCCGUCUCUGCCGCCGCCCCCGGCACGAUGCCCACCAUCGUCGCCAGCCCCGCCAUCAGGGUGCGGCAUCCCAACAGCAUGGCUGCCAGCGUUGCCACCGUCCCGCCUGGCGCUGUGCAAGCCAACGCGUCAGCCCUGGGUAUCAAGAGAGCAGGUGUUCAGGGCCCCCCAGUCAGGAUGCCUGUGGUUAUUACACAGGCCGUUCGAGCUCCAGGUGCAAUAUUAAAGGGGCCAGCAAUCCAGGCAAACAAAAGUGCUGUUGCCUUUGCUGUCCAAGGCUCAGCCAAUCAGAAAAACAAGCUGAACGACCCUGGAGGCGGUUCUUUCAGGGAUGACGAUGACAUCAACGACGUGGCCUCCAUGGCCGGGGUGAACCUGAACGAGGAGAGUGCCCGCAUCCUGGCCACAAACUCGGACCUUGUGGGCACGCAGAUCCGGUCCUGCAAGGACGAGGCCUUCUUGCCGCCGGGGAUGCUGCACCGGCGCAUCCUGGAGACUGCAAAGAAAUUUGGGGUGACCGAGGUGCCAGCGGAGGCCGUCAGCUUCAUCUCUCACGCCACGCAGGCCAGGCUGCGGACGAUGCUGGAGAGGAUGUCUGCCAUCGCACAGCACCGGAUGGAGACGUGUAAGGAUGAAGAGCAUCACGAGCAGUCGACGGACGUGCGGUCGCAGCUCCGCUUCUUCGAGCAGCUGGAGAGGCUGGAGAAGCAGCGGAAGGACGAGCAGGAGCGAGAGAUCCUGUUAAAGGCUGCCAAGAGUCGCUCCAGGCAAGAAGACCCAGAACAAGCCCGCCUGAAACAGAAAGCUAAGGAGAUGCAGCAACAGGAACUGGCACAGAUGAGGCAGCGGGACGCCAAUCUGACAGCGCUGGCAGCCAUCGGACCGCGGAAGAAGCGCAAGCUGGACUCGCCUGGGGCUGUGGCGUCAGGGGCAGAGGUCUCGGGGAGUUCAUUGGGUGUGUCGGCCAGCUCCUCGGCAAGCGGCGCCGCCUCACGACAGUAUCCACGGCAACGCAUCACUCGCGUCAACCUCAGGGACUUCAUCUUCUACAUGGAGCAGGACCGGGAAACUGCUCGCUCACUGCUGCUGUACCGCGCCCUGCUCAAGUAGCAACCCCCCCCCCC